AUGAUUUCAUACCACGAAGAGCAAGAAAAGAAGUACGUAUCUAAGGUGGUUUACGCAUAUCACCCCCGAGGUUGCGAGAACUACUAUUACCGAUCUGUACUCGCCAAUGAAGUACAUGUUGAACACUGGGCCAACAACCAUACCCGCACGACAGUGUGGAUCGAUGCCGAUAAAGAAUUUCCUUCGCGUAUUUUUGAUGAAUACCCCGCGGAUUGGAGUACAAACGUGGACCCCUACAUCGAAUUUUCGAGGAAUCCACAAAAGCAAAGGGAGUUGAACGAUCUUCGCAAUCAACUUUGCUCAAGCAAUAACAUCUCCGCCAAACAUCGCUACAAACCUGCUAACCCUGACACACGACCUAGUUGGCAAGAUCACCAGGGGGGAACAAUAACUACAACCGAUCACGGUACAGUUGAUGUUCCUAGAUCUUCCAUCACAAGAGAUUCAAUCAUGCUGGUAGUUUCGAGAAUUUCAGAUUCGGUUUUCACUGGCGCUACAUGUGGCGGAUCGUUCAGCCUUUGGGAACCAAUUUCUCGGCCACCCAUUGAAAGGCGUCAAAUUACCCAUCUUUCCAUGAAGCAACGAAGAAAUGUUCUUAGACGCAUUAGAGAUCUUCUUGAAAGGACUUGGAAUUUACCAAGUAUGCAACCGGAGCUUAAUGUUGUACAUUACAUGUUUUUGGAUUGUAAUUCUUCUCCCGGGUUCGGCCAGAGCCCAUACUUGCAUGUAAAGCUUGCGAUAUUCGACAAAUUCCCGAAACUGCCCACUGAGCUGCGGUGGAUGAUCUGGGAAUAUUGCUUUCCUCCUAAAACAGAGCACCUAGGUCUUGUGAUUGGAGCGGGCAAUCCCAGGAAUGAAGAUCAACAAAUCGAACCACCCAUAACUUUAAGGAUAUGUUACGAAAGUCGCGAGCUAACAAAACGCUACUACACUAUUAUAGAUAAGCCGAAAUUUCAGAAAGGAUCAAGAUACAUAUAUAAGGGUCAGGUAACAUACGACAAGCGCAAAAAAGAGUAUUCUCAGCCAAGACAACUGAUUCUUGGUCCACAGGAUGCAGUAGCCAUCUCAGAUGUUACUCCAGAGAACAGAAUGGAAAAGACCCUUGAAUGGUAUAAUCAAAUAGACGAGAAGCACAGGAAACGCUUGAAGAGUAUCCGUCACUUGGAAAUUCGAGAUAUUCGAGAUCGUCAUGGCGAUUUUCUUCCCGCUUCUCUUCGCGUCAAUAGCAAUGCAGAUCGUUCUCUUCUCAUACCAGAAGUUUUCACAAAUGGCAGUUUAGUCAUGUUCAGGAAUCUUCAAACACUAACACUCACGAAUAUACUGCCUCAGACUAAUUGGCGAGACCCCCGACCUUUUCGUACAGAAGAGCAGGAGGUUAUGAAAAAGUUGAUUUCGGAUUAUCUUGAUCAAACAAGAGUUGGUGGUGAUAGGCUUGUGGCCAAGGAGAACAUAAGAAUUAGAGAUUACACAGCGAUGGAGGGCCAAAAGGUGAAGAAAGACAAUGGAAGGAUUGACUUCAGCGAAGAAUUCUAUUCAAAGAUGUUAACGCAUCUUCCGGAAGAAUAUCGUAACUAG